AAUAAAUCCAUAUUCAUGGGAACUUAAUAACAAAAAGCACCUCAAACUAAAUAGAUUACUCAAUUUUAAAUUGAAAUUGCUUGCUUAAAAGUAUGUCUUUUUCCAUAAUUUUAGGUUAAAGGCUAUGUGGAAUUGAAUAGAGAUAGAAGAACUAAUUAAGCAUUAUUGAAAGAGAAAGCUUUAAAUGAAAUGUUACGUAGUCCAUCUAGAGUAAUGGUUGAAGAGUAUCAGAAAUUUCAACAACUAGUUCAAGAUGUUCGAUUCAUUGAGACAUGCAACAUAGUACUAAGGUAUACUAAUCUCACAUUAACUUAGAUAUUGUGAUAUUGUUAAAGAUUAAUCAAUAAGAAUCUUUAGAUGUGGAGGAGAUUAUUCUAAAAUAGCAGAUCUUAUGCCAUACAUAGAAAGUAUCCUCUUUGCAGCAGAUAAUUUGAACUUAGAAUAAGUAAUGGAAUUUAAAGAUCUUAUGAUAUACUAUUUUGGACCUGGCUUCAAUGACACUAAUAAACUAAUUAAUGUCGAUCAAGAUUUGAAAAAACUCUAUAAAACUCCUUUACCUGAUGCAUAUGAAGUCAAUGAAUUUGCUAUUAAAUUUGCAGAAAAAUAUGGAUUCAGUGAAGAACAAUUAAAUGCUUCAGGACAUUAAUUUAGCUCAAAAAUUUUAAAACCUGCUCAAGGAGGCAUUUUAGUUGAUUAAUAAGCAUUAGGAUAAUAAUAAUUUAUGCCAUAUUCAAAUUAAGGAUUUGGAGUACCUUUUGGUUCUCAUCCAGAAUAAUUCUCAUAGCCAGGUAAUCAAGGAUUUGGAGAUUUUGGAACAUAAGGAGGCUUUGGUUAACCACCUAUCGGAGGUUUUGGAAAUCCACCUUAAGGAGGCUUUGGUUAACCACCAAUUGGAGGUUUUGGAAAUCCACCUUAAGGAGGUUUUGGCUAACCACCUAUUGGAGGUUUUGGUCAACCACCGACUGGAGGUUUUGGUCAACCAUCUACUGGAGGUUUUGGUUAACCACCUACUGGAGGUUUUGGUCAACCUCAAGGAGGCUUUGGUUAACCAUCUACUGGAGGUUUUGGUUAACCUCAAGGAGGCUUUGGUCAACCACCCAUUGGCGGUUUUGGAAACCAACCCUAAGGAGGAUUUGGUUAAUCAUAACCAGGAGGUUUUGGUAAUUAAACUUAAGGAAACCUUGGAACACAAGGAGGUUUUGGAAAUUAACCUUAAUAAAAUGGUUUAUAUAAUUAACCAAGUAAUUAAUUUGGGAAUCCUCCUGCUGGAGGUUUUGGAACACCUGGAGGUAAUGGUUAAGCAAAUGGAUCUUCAAAUCCAUAUUCCUGUUUAAAUUAAGGUAUUUUAUUAUUAUUAAUUUUAAGGCCCUCAAAUAAUGGCUAGCUAAAGUAUGAAAGUUCCUUAGUAAUAUUAAAAUCCUUAAUAACAAUUUUAACCAUAGGUUCAGCCAGUAAUACCACCACAAUAAUUUUCUGGUCAAUAAUAAAAGAAUAACAAUCCAAACUCCCAAGCUCUUGAUGAUUUAGAAGCAAGAUUAAGAGAUCUUGAUAAAGCUUUAUGAUGCCAU